AUGGGAUUUAUUUAUUUUCUCCUGAAAAAAAAAUUAGAAAUCGAUUUCUUCAAUCCUCUUUUAGACACAUCUUUAAUUUCAAUGAGAGAAAUAUUUAUACAGUUGGAGAAUUAUUCCGAAGUUUGGGGUUUUUUGUAUAAUGUCGAUAGUUUGCAAAAAAGAGAAGAAAUUCUAAAAUCAUGUUUAGCUCUUCAAAGUAAACUUACCGUAAAUUUAAAAUCGGACAUUAAUGGUAUUCUCCUUUGCGAUGAACUGAUGAGCAUUAAACCUUUUCUUUCUGAAAUGGUCAAGGAUAAAAUUACUCCUAUUAUUGUUUUAAAAUUUAUAAAACAGCACAAAAUGCAAGAUUUGUAUCCAAACACAUGGAUUGCAAUGCGAAUUUUGCUAACAAUACCUGUCACUGUAGCGAGUGGAGAAAAAAGCUUUUCCAAAAUGAAACUAAUAAAAACCUAUCUGCGGUCAACAAUGUCGCAGGAUAGACUUUCAAGUUUAGGAACCCUAUCGAUUGAAAAGAAUAUUGCUGAAAAUCUUGAUUUUUCAACCCUAAUCAAAGAUUUUGGUGAUAAGAAGGCUCGUAAGAUUAAUUUAAAAAAUUAA